CAAGGCUUCACAAACUGUUAGCUGCAUCCUUUAAUCAUGACUGCAUUUCAAAUAGGUUAAAAGGACUCUGAGAAGAUCAUGGGGAAUUCAUAUGCAGGGCAACUAAAAUCUGCCCGUUUUGAAGAAGCUCUUCAUAACUCUAUAGAAGCUUCUCUGAGAUGUAGCAGCGUUGUCCCACGGCCAAUCUUCUCACAGCUGUACCUGGAUCCUGACCAGCCUCCUUUCUUGCCGGAAGAUGUGAAGCCAAAGGUAGAAGAGUUGGAUAAAGAGUUAGUACAUCGCUAUUCACAAAAUGGAAACCUGGACUUUUCUACCAACCAAACUGUUAAUGAAAUGGAAGAUGAAGAAGAGGAUGAAGACAUGUCAGAUUCAAGCAGUCCACCAAUCCCGUAUUCACAAAAACCUGCCCCGGAAGGGUCUUGCACUACUGAUGGUUGGUGUCCGUUCUCUUACAUGUGUGAUCAUUACAACUAA